UGGGCAGUGGGCUCCGUCCCUCGGGUGCUGUUCUUUAUUCCCCCAGCCCCAGUUAUUGAACGCUUCGUUGACAAAACUGUGACGCUGUCCGCAACUGCAACUGCGACGAGCAACGGGAUUGCCGGUUUCGCUCUAGUAGUCGUUAAUCUCAAUCAAGCAAAGCAGUCCCCCAUUUUUUCUUUGUCACUGGUAACAAAGAAAAGUGUGUGUUAUUGGCUCCUCCAACUACUACCGCCACGAAGCAACUCCGACCCUUCCCUCGUCAUCGUCUUCCUCUUCGUUUCGUUCACACUCCCUGACGACGCCGAUGAUUCUGCCAUAUCCCUUUUUUUUUCUCAGGGGAGGGCACGCAGCGCGUAGAGGCUAUCUGCUCAUCUGAUGCGACCGAUCUUUGGGCACGCCGACGAACGAUGGACGCGUCGAGUUCCCUCGUGCUGGUCAUGUUGACCCUCCAUUCUGCCAUGACCGCCGCGGAUCUGCCGGCGGCGCAGCCGAGCCAUCGGAGGCUACUACUUCAGCAGGACACCACAAAUCUCGCCGCGCUGCCUCUGCCUGCGAACGUUCAUGGCGUCCCAGUCGACGCUCAUGUCCCGUCUCAUGGAACCGGCUCUUUUCCGGCGGCGUCUCCCAGUCGACACGGGGGGCAGAACGAUCCGAGCGAGGCGGCACCAACGACGCCGGCGGCUUAUUUGUCGAGAUCUAUGAGGUGGCUCUACAUGGUUGUUCUUCCGGCGCUUGCCCUGCUGUUGCUUGCUGGACUAGCGUGCUGGCUUCUUUGUCGUAAGAGUGCGGUUGCGACCAUUGGCCCUUGGAAGACUGGACUCAGUGGCCAGCUGCAGAAAGCCUUUGCUACAGGAGUACCAAAGUUGCAGCGUUCAGAGCUGGAACGUGCCUGUGAGGACUUCAGUAACAUCGUGGCGAGCUACCCACACUACACCGUCUACAAGGGAACUUUGUCAACUGGGGUUGAGAUCGCCGUGGUGUCCACUAUGAUUACAUCGAGCAAGGAGUGGUCAGAGCAUUCAGAGACCUGCUUCAGGAGAAAGAUAGACACCCUGUCGCGAAUAAACCACAAGAACUUCAUCAAUCUGCUUGGCUUCUGUGAGGAGGAGGAACCUUUCACCAGGAUGAUGGUGCUCGAGUACGCGCCGAAUGGGACACUUCAUGAGAGUCUUCAUGCUGAGGAUUUUGAGCACAUCGCUUGGCGAGGUAGGAUGCGGAUUAUCAUGGGACUAGCAUACUGCAUCCAGCACAUGCAUGAGCUCAGCCCUCCUGUGGUGCACCCUGAUCUUCAGUCCAGUUCCAUACUGCUAUCUGAAGAUGGUGCUGCAAAGAUAGCGGACAUGAGCGUUUGGCAUGAAGUGAUUUCUGAAGCCAAAACGGCGACGAAUGGCGAGCUCGACCAUCACCAAGAACAGGUGUCCGCUGGGUUAGCAGGGAAUGUACAUAGCUUCGGUGUUCUACUGCUUGAAAUCAUCUCAGGGAAACUUCCAUUUCCAUACCCCGGACACGAGCGCUCCCUCGUGAGCUCGGCUCUGGAGUGCAUAGCCAACGAUGACCGGAGUAUAGCCUCCUUGCUGGAUCCAACACUGUGCGAUCACAUUCACAGGGAAGAUGAGCUAGCAGUCAUCGGCGAGGUGAUCCGUGCCUGCAUCCAGAGCGAUCCCAGAAACAGACCGAGCAUGAGGGAGGUCGCUGCCAGGCUGAGAGAAGCCAUCGGUAUCUCGCCGGUCGCUGCGACGCCGAGGCUGUCUCCGCUCUGGUGGGCCGAGCUGGAGGUGCUUUCGACCGCGGAAGGAAGCUAACUUGGCAAGACGGGAUGCCCCUGCAGGCUGUGUCGCUGUGCAUACUGCUGCUAUGCAACCUUUGUGCAUCGCCCAGCAUCGUCAACGUAACUGGACAACUGCAUAUAUAUAUAUAUAUCUCCUGCUGUAAAUGUGAAACUGCAGGAAUAGUACUAGUAAUCCUCGUGAACCGACGAUUUCUACCACCCGUUGCAUUGCACCAUCAUGUGUCUGAAACUCUGAAGGUGCUGGUGUUCUGGCAAGA